ACGAAAUAAGCGUGGGAGGCCACCCGCGCCGGGUUCUCUACUCACACCCAACACGCAACAUUUCCUCUUCUUUUUCCUUUGCGCUUCUCAUUGUGCGGUAAUCAUCAAAGGGCCCUCUGUCGCCUUGCUGACGUGUGUCAGUUCAGGCGUCUUCUCGGGUAUUGACUGCUGCGUGCACAUCUGCAACUUCCCCCUCCUGAAGCGACUCACUUCGCUCAACCAGCCGGCGCAAAGCAACAGGCCAAGCCAUGUCCGCAACACGACUCGGAUUCGGCAGCAUGCUGCUGGUCCUGGGCAUUAUUCUCGUCCUCAUGCCCGGGCAGGCAGCGGCUUUCGGUGCUGGCAAUAUCCCGUCCAUCGCCCAGGUCGAGGGCCACAACUGGCGCCACGGCGAUAUUGAGGACAUGCUCUCUACGAUCGCCUUCCUCGGGGGCAAGAAAUGGACAUCGCUUCUGAUCAAGCGCACUUACUUCGGGAAUUUCUUGAGAGACUAUAGUCAGGCGAUCGACACUGCGGGAUUGAAGGGUGUCAACGCCGAAACGCUCCGGAUUCUGGUGUGGAUCCUGUCGUUCCUUGCCAACGGAUAUGCUACAGAGGAGUUUGAAGUGACGGCUGAGCGUUUGGGAACAUAUCGGCCUGAAGAGCAUAUCGACAACCCCUUGGGCUACCCGAACGACGCUCAGACUUUCGACAAGCGCUUGCGUGGUCCCGUUCGGCCGAUCGAGGUCGAAAUUGACCCUCAAACAGGCAUGAAGAACUACAUUGCCAACGAAAGAGGCGACUGGGCGACGAGUGCGGGCUACUUGCGCUACAGCCUGGCCCGAAGCAUCCACUACGGAAGACUCUAUACCCAUGGCGCAAAGGGGUCUGGCAGAGAGGAAGAUCUUUGCGAAGCUCUUCGCUGCCUUGGUCAAGCUCUUCACUGCAUGGAGGACUUCCCGGCCCACAGCAAUUACUGCGAAUUGGCUCUGCGCGAGCUUGGGUAUCAUGGUGUCUUUCCUCAUUGCGGAACCGAUACAGAGAUCAAUCUCCGUGGCAAGCGUGUCUACCCACUGGUGACUGGCACCUUUGGUGGAGUGGACUUCUUUCAUUCGGUCCUCGGUGAAGCCAAUGAUCACUUCACACAAGCGGAAGUGUCCGAAGUUGACCAGAUGGACCUCGUGCUGAAGAAUUGCGAAAACUCGACCAACAACUCGCGGGGAUCCAGCAACGCACGUGGCUUGGACUUCGGGUUUGGGGGCCGUGGCAACGCUGGCGACUUCAUCUCGCUGGUCGGCCAACUGCCAGGCAUUGGGGGCGGUUUCGCCUCCGAAGCACGAGAGCUCCAGCAGCGAUCUGAGGACCAGAGGAGAAGGAAUGCGUCUGGCUCCCAGUCUCGAUCUGAUCCAUACUUGAGAUCUCGUGCCGAGGGUGGCCAGCACACGAACCAGAACGUCGUUCCUGGAAUGAGCGUCGAUUUCGAUCCUGUCAAGGUAUCAAAGCAGAUUUACCCCAUCCUCGAAUUUCGCGACAAAAUCGUCAAGGCCAUCAACAGGGGCAUCUCCAAAAUUCCCGGACUAGAGAAGCUUCUGGAGCACAUCAGCGAGACUUUGACAGCUUUUGUCCUUGGACUCCUUGCACCAUUCAUCCGCCCGAUCAUUAACCAGGUUACCAAGGUGCUCAAGCAAAGUUCAUCCACCGUCAUUGAUGCCAGUGCGAACUCCCAGCUCGAGCCAUGGAAGGACCCACGCUGCAGCAAUCCCACGCACUCGAUGCUUUCCAAGGAUCAUUUCACCAACAUCCUGAACUCCUGCGCUGGGCGAGUGGCUGCUACCAUUCUCCAGUAUACCGUUCCUCGAGUGCUUUAUGCAUGGGAGAACCCUGGCGUACCAGUGGAUGAGGUGCUCAGUGACGUUCUCAGGGCGUUCCAUCACCCUGCCAUCCGCGAUGAUCGGGUGGAGAUCCAACGUGACAUGUUCAACACUGUCCGUAAGUGGGCGGACGAGAACCCCAAACGCCAUGAAUUGAACCAUAUUCUCGGGUCAGACUCGGUCAAGAGGGGCAAGAACCACGUUCAGCCCAAUCCAAACACCACCAGUAGCAGGGGCAUGUCUCAUGACCCUGGCUGUGGUGGCAGCAUUUUCCAGCAGCCUGGCCACGGACACCCUUCGGACUCGCUUUGGUCACAAGUCAAGACCCGCGACCUAGACAGCAUGGGAGUCGGUGAUGGACAUGGUGGACUUCGACCUGACUACGCGUCAACCAGCCGCCCGUCCUCUAGGCGCUCGGAAUCUCCUGAGCGGCGUAAGCCCAGUCCUCAGUAUGGCUAUCAUCACAGCCAGCAGGGCGAAGCCGCAAGCUACGCUGCCCCUUACCCGCCGGAUCAGCCAUCGCAGUAUGGCCAAGGUCAUGGUUCUCAGUAUGAUCAGCGCCCACAAUACGGCGAAGCAGCCUCAUACGGUCAACCCAGUUAUGGCGGACCACCUCCCCAACAGCCUCAAUAUGGCGGCCCCCCUCCAGGCCAAGGCGGUUACUACGGAGGUCCCCAGCCUGGUUAUGGUGCUCCUCAGGGCUAUGGAGCUCCGCCACCGGGUCAAGGUGACUACUAUGGAGGACCUCAACAACCGCCGUACGGACAGCCCCCGCCUGGCAACUACGGCAAUCCUCCUUACCCCGGAUACUGAAGUGGGGUUGGAUCUUGAGCAAGGACACGAGUCCCUUUAGGCCCGGGUAGGACAUGUCAAGGCGGGAGGAUCUGUAGUUGGGGAAGAAAGAGCUAUGGCGUGCUAAUAGAGGGUCACUGGAUGUGAUGGACGUGACGCCGGAAUAAAGGACUGGGAGAUACACGACACAAACAUAAUAUGGAAUAGCUAUAAGCUACCAGCAUCUUUCAUCUUAGAACAAUUGAUUGUUGUUGCUAGAAAUGUGGUGCUCCAUAGAGCCCCCCCCCCUCCUUUCUAUGCGCCAUUGCAGUCAUGAGUUUGGACAAACCGGAUCG